GUGUCAGUGUGGUGGUUUGAGAAAGUGAAUGUUGGGGCUUUGGAGUACUCAGGGUUUUUUGUUUGCCAUGGACAAAGGGUGGACACAAUUUACCUUUAGGUUACCCUUGUUUGUAAUCUUCCUGCUCUUUUUGAGAACUACUCAUGGAUUUAAAGGUGGGGCUCGUUCAGAUGCUCACCACUGGUGGGGCCAACCGUCAUACAAAACCUUCUCACCUCGUGCAGUCCAGUCUUCUGUGUCAGAGGUCCCUGUGACUGGGAUUUUGCCUGAAGAAGUGGGCUCUAGUAGGUUCACUAACAGACCCCUGAAAAGGUUGAACUUGCACCAAUUUGUUAAAGGUGGUGUUUCCAGCAGCCAUGGAUCAAUGUCCCAUGCACAGACAGCUCCAAGCAGCUCUGUUUUAGCUUCCUUGCCUCUACCCUUAAAUGAACGGUAUAUAGGCCAUUUGACAUCGCUCCAGGGUUCCUCUGGCUCAGCCGCUACAGAUACUACUAGUGUUUCUACACAAGGAGAAAGUAGCUUCCCUGCCAUGCUUGGCACUUCUGGCCUGUCCACCAGUGAUCAAAGGUCCCCUAGUUUGUACAUGUCCAGCUCCUUGGAAACCUUUGGUGCUAAAUCAGCAGAAGCCACUUUGCCCAUGUUCUCUCAGGAGAGUAUGUCUUCCAGCAGUUCAUCUUCUCCAGGUGCCACGUACACUUCUCAAGGUAGCCCAGUGCUGGCUUCAGAAGGCUCUGGUCAAUCCAUCUCCCCUCAGGGUGAAAGUAGUUCCAGUGGCUUGUCUCAAGGGGCCUUGAGUGAAUAUAACCAGGACUCCAAUAACAUGCUCAGUUCAUCUGUUUCUAGUCAGUCUACCAGUGACCAGAGUACCCCCAGUUUGUCUACUUCUAGCAUUCAGGGAAGUUCAGGCAGUUUGCUGGAAGCUUCUGGCUCUUCUUUUCAAGGGGAAGUGGCAGGGGUUAGCUUACUUGUUGACUUGUCUCCCCAAUCACAAGACCACUCCAGUCAGCUUCUACCCUCACCCUUGGAGGUCUCUAGCCAGUCUACUAAUGGUCAAAGCACUCCCAGCUUGUUUAUGCUUGGCUCUGAGAGCAGUUCAGAUUCACAGUCAACAGAUCCUGCUUCACCUCAAGACACUGAGGAUAGUCUCUCUCAAAGCAUUUCUAGCCAGUCCACAAGCGUUCAAAGUUCACCUAGUGUGUCUACAAGCACCCAGAGCAGGUCUGCCACCAAGUUAACUUCCAGUAAUUUUUUUCCUGUGCAGGGAGGUAGUAGUUCUACUAGCUUAUAUCUGAAGCCUCAGGGCGCUCUUUAUGCUCCUGCGUCCCAUACCAAAUAUGUCAGUUUUCCCAUGUCAUCACACCCAGCUUUUUAUAGCCAGUCAAAAAGUAGCUCUGGUCCAUGGUUUGGGGGCUCUACUGGCUUUGCCACCGAGGGAAUGAGUAGCGCUUACAGUGGUUCCUUCCAGCCUCAAGGUACCACAAGUCAGUUUGCCUCUGGGUCUCCAUCCUACUAUCCAAGUGUCUCACCCUGCAGUCAGUCUGCUGCAGUCCAUAGUUCACAGAAACAGUUUGCCUCUAGUUAUGGCACCCAGUCAGGCUCCUCUAAGCUAUUGACUCUGCAGGGAAGCACCACUAAUAGUGAAUCACUCCAGCCUCAAGGUACCACAAGUCAGUUUGCCUCUGGGUCUCCAUCCUACUAUCCAAGUGUAUCACCCUCCUCCCCCCAACGUGCCUCCAGCCAGUCUGCUGCAGUCCAAAGUUCACAGAAGCAGUUUGCCUCUACCUAUGGCACCCAGUCAGGGUCCUCUAAGCUAUUGACUGUGCAGGGAAGCACCACUUAUGGUGAAUCACUCCAGCCUCAAAGUACCACAAGUCAGUUUGCCUCUGGGUCUCCAUCCUACUAUCCAAGUGCAUCACUCUCCUCCCCCGAAGGUGCCUCCAGUCAGUCUGCUGCAGUCCAGAGUUCACGGAAGCAGUUUACCUCUACCUUCACAGGCAACUCUGGCACACAGGAAGGGCCCUCUGAUCCCUUCAAAUGGCAGGGAAGCACCACCUAUGGUGGAUCACUCCAGCCUCAAGGUACCACAAGUCAGUUUGCCUCUGGGUCUCCAUCCUACUAUCCAAGUGCAUCACUCUCCUCCCCCCAAGGUGCCUCCAGUCUGUCUGCUGCAGUCCAGAGUUCACAGAAGCAGUUUGCUUCUACCAAUGGCACCCAGUCAGGGUCCUCUAAGCUAUUGACUCUGCAGGGAAGCACCACUUAUGGUGAAUCACUCCAGCCUCAAAGUACCACAAGUCGGUUUGCCUCUGGGUCUCCAUCCUACUAUCCAAGUGCAUCAUUCUCCUCCCCCCAAGGUGCCUCCAGUCAGUCUGCUGCAGUCCAGAGUUCACGGAAGCAGUUUACCUCUACCUUCACAGGCAACUCUGGCACACAGGAAGGGCCCUCUGAUCCCUUCAAAUGGCAGGGAAGCACCACCUAUGGUGGAUCACUCCAGCCUCAAAGUACCACAAGUCGGUUUGCCUCUGGGUCUCCAUCCUACUAUCCAAGUGCAUCAUUCUCCUCCCCCCAAGGUGCCUCCAGUCUGUCUGCUGCAGUCCAGAGUUCACGGAAGCAGUUUACCUCUACCUUCACAGGCAACUCUGGCACACAGGAAGGACCCUCUGAUCCCUUCAAAUGGCAGGGAAGCACCACCUAUGGUGGAUCACUCCAGCCUCAAGGUACCAAAAGUCAGUUUGCCUCUGGGUCUCCAUCCUACUAUCCAAGUGCAUCACUCUCCUCCCCCCAAGGUGCCUCCAGUCAGUCUGCUGCAGUCCAGAGUUCACAGAAGCAGUUUGCUUCUACCAAUGGCACCCAGUCAGGGUCCUCUAAGCUAUUGACCCUGCAGGGAAGCACCACUAAUAGUGAAUCACUCCAGCCUCAAGGCACCACAAGUCAGUUUGCCUCUGGGUCUCCAUCCUACCAACCAAGUCUAUCACCCUCCCCCCAAGGUGCCUCCAGUCAGUCUGCUGCAGUCCAGAGUUCACAGAAACCGUUUACCUCUACCUUUACAGGCAACUCUGGCACACAGGAAGGGCCCUCUGGUCCCUUCAAAUGGCAGGGAAGCACCACCUAUGGUGGAUCACUCCAGCCUCAAGGUACCAAAAGUCAGUUUGCCUCUGGGUCUCCAUCCUACCAUCCAAUUGUAUCACUCUCCUCACCCCAAGGUGCCUCCAGUCAGUCUGCUGCAGUCCAAAGUUCACAGAAGCAGUUUGCCUCUACCUAUGGCACCCUGUCGGGGUCCUCUAAGCUAUUGACUCUGCAGGGAAGCACCACUUAUGGUGAAUCACUCCAGCCUCAAAGUACAAGUCAGUUUGCCUCUGGGUCUCCGUCCUACUAUCCAAGUGCAUCACUCUCCUCGCCCCAAGGUGCUUCCAGUCAGUCUGCUGCAGUCCAGAAUUCACAGAAACAGUUUAUCUCUACAUUCAAAGGCAACUCUGGCACACAGGAAGGGCCCUCUGGUCCCUUCAAAUGGCAGGGAAGCACCACCUAUGGUGGAUCACUCCAGCCUCAAGGUACCAUAAGUCAGUUUGCCUCUGGGUCUCCAUCCUACUAUCCAAGUGCAUCACUCUCCUCACCCCAAGGUGCCUCCAGUCUGUCUGCUGCAGUCCAAAGUUCACAGAAGCAGUUUACCUCUACCUUCACAGGCAACUCUGGCACACAGGAAGGGCCCUCUGGUCCCAUCAAAUGGCAGGGAAGCACCACCUAUGGUGGAUCACUCCAGCCUCAAGGUACCACAAGUCAGUUUGCCUCUGGGUCUCUAUCCUACUAUCCAAGUGCAUCACUCUCCUCCACCCAAGGUGCCUCCAGUCUGUCUGCUGCAGUCCAGAGUUCACAGAAGCAGUUUGCCUCUAGCUAUGGCACCCAGUCAGGCUCCUCUAAACUAUUGACCCUGCCGGGAAGCACCACUUAUGGUGGGUCACUCCAGCCUCAAGAUACCACAAGUCAGUUUACAUCUGGGUCUCCAUCCUACCAUCCAAGUGUAUCACCCUCCUCCCCCCAAGGUGCCUCCAGCCAGUCUGCUGCAGUCCACAGUUCAAAGAAACAGUUUACCUCUACCUUCACAGGCAACUCUGGCACACAGGAAGGGCCCUCUGGUCCCUUCAAAUGGCAGGGAAGCACCACCUAUGGUGGAUCAGUCCAGCCUCAAGGUACCACAAAUCAGUUUGCCUCUGGGUCUCCACCCUACUAUCCAAGUGCAUCACUCUCCUCCCCCCAAGGUGCCUCCAGUCAGUCUGCUGCAGUCCAGAGUGCACGGAAGCAGUUUACCUCUACGUUCACAGGCAACUCUGGCACACAGGAAGGGCCCUCUGAUCCCUUCAAAUGGCAGGGAAGCACAACCUAUGGUGGAUCACUCCAGCCUCAAGGUACCACAAGUCAGUUUGCCUCUGGGUCUCUAUCCUACUAUCCAAGUGCAUCACUCUCCUCCCCCCAAGGUGCCUCCAGUCAGUCUGCUGCAGUCCAGAGUUCACGGAAGCAGUUUGCCUCUAGCUAUGGCACCCAGUCAGGGUCCUCUAAUCUAUUGACCCUGCAGGGAAGCACCACUUAUGGUGUGUCACUCCAGCCUCAAGGUACCACAAGUCAGUUUGCCUCUGGGUCUCCAUCCUACUAUCCAAGUGCAUCACUCUCCUCCCCCCAAAGUGCCUCCAGUCUGUCUGCUGCAGUUCAGAGUUCACAGAAGCAGUUUACCUCUACCUUCACAGGCAACUCUGGCAUACAGGAAAGGCCCUCUGUUCCGUUCAAAUGGCAGGGAAGCACCACCUAUGGUGGAUCACUCCAGCCUCAAGAUUCCAAAAGUCAGUUUGCCUCUGGGUCUUCAUCCUCCUAUCCAAUUGAAACACCAUCCUCACCCCAAGGUUCUGACAGUCAGUCUGCUGCAGUCCAGAGUUCAUGGAAGCAGUUUGUCUCUAGCUAUGGAACCCAUUCAGGGUCCUCUAAGCCAUUGACCCCGCAGGGAAGCACCACUUAUGGACUAUCACUCCAGCCUCAAGAUACCUCAAGUCAGUAUGACUCUGGGGCUCCAUCCUCCUAUAAUUGUCAUUGUGUACCGGUUUCCUCGCCCCGAGGUAUUGCCGACCAGUCCAGCCAAUCAUUUCAAAGCUAUUCUGGGUCCCAAAGCCAGAAGUCUCAAAGAUGGCAGCCUUCACAAGGUAUUCUGACCUCAGGUGCAGCUGCAGCACAGGUUGGCUCUCCAAUGCAGAGUUUGUUUUCUUCCCCGUCAUCAGCAGGAGGCUUUUCUUCAGAAGAUGCUGGACCGUUUGUUUCUGCACAGGGUGGUAGCAGCAGAUAUGGUGGCCUUUCUCUUCAUUCUCAACGCCCCUCUAGCAAGGACACCCCUGGGUCUCAUGCAUAUGCAAAGCUUGGUUCCUCUCCUCUAACUGUUUCUAGCCAGUCUACCAGUGACGAGCGGUCUAAUGGCCUGUAUAACUCAGACUCUCUGCGAACCCAGAGUCUCAUUGGUGUAGUUGAAAGACCCUCUAGACUCAUCUCAAGCUCCUUCCGACUCUACAGGCAGGGUUUUUUGUUUGCCAUGGACAAAGGGUGGACACAAUUUACCUUUAGGUUACCCUUGUUUGUAAUCUUCCUGCUCUUUUUGAGAAAUACUCAUGGAUUUAAAGGUGGGGCUCGUUCAGAUGCCCACCACUGGUGGGGCCAACCUUCAUACAAAACCUUCUCACCUCGUGCAGUCCAGUCUUCUGUGUCAGAGGUCCCUGUGACUGGGAUUUUGCCUGAAGAAGUGGGCUCUAGUAGGUUCACUAACAGACCCCUGAAAAGGUUGAACUUGCACCAAUUUGUUAAAGGUGGUGUUUCCAGCAGCCAUGGAUCAAUGUCCCAUGCCCAGACAGCUCCAAGCAGCUCUGUUUUAGCUUCCUUGCCUCUACCCUUAAAUGAACGGUAUAUAGGCCAUUUGACAUCGCUCCAGGGUUCCUCUGGCUCAGCCGCUACAGAUACUACUAGUGUUUCUACACAAGGAGAAAGUAGCUUCCCUGCCAUGCUUGGCACUUCUGGUCUGUCCACCAGUGAUCAAAGCUCCCCUAGUUUGUACAUGUCCAGCUCCUUGGAAACCUUUGGUGCUAAAUCAGCAGAAGCCACUUUGCCCAUGUUCUCUCAGGAGAGUAUGUCUUCCAGCAGUUCAUCUUCUCCAGGUGCCACGUACACUUCUCAAGGUAGCCCAGUGCUGGCUUCAGAAGGCUCUGGUCAAUCCAUCUCCCCUCAGGGUGAAAGUAGUUCCAGUGGCUUGUCUCAAGGGGCCUUGAGUGAAUAUAACCAGGACUCCAAUAACAUGCUCAGUUCAUCUGUUUCUAGUCAGUCUACCAGUGACCAGAGUACCCCCAGUUUGUCUACUUCUAGCAUUCAGGGAAGUUCAGGCAGUUUGCUGGAAGCUUCUGGCUCUUCUUUUCAAGGGGAAGUGGCAGGGGUUAGCUCUCUUGUUGACUUGUCUCCUCAAUCACAAGACAACUCCAUUCAGCUUCUACCCUCACCCUUGGAGGUCUCUAGCCAGUCUACUAAUGGUCAAAGCACUCCCAGCUUGUUUAUGCUUGGCUCUGAGAGCAGUUCAGAUUCACAGUCAACAGAUCCUGCUUCACCUCAAGACACUGAGGAUAGUCUCUCUCAAAGCAUUUCUAGCCAGUCCACAAGCGUUCAAAGUUCACCUAGUGUGUUUACAAGCACCCAGAGCAGGUCUGCCACCAAGUUAACUUCCAGUAAUUUUUUUCCUGUGCAGGGAGGUAGUAGUUCUACUAGCUUAUAUCUGAAGCCUCAGGGCACUCUUUAUGCCCCUGCGUCCCAUACCAAAUAUGUGAGUUUUCCAAUGUCAUCACACCCAGCUUUUUAUAGCCAGUCAAAAAGUAGCUCUGGUCCUUGGUUUGGGGGCUCUACUGGCUUUGCCACCGAGGGAAUGAGUAGCGCUUACAGUGGUUCUGUCCAGCCUCAAGGUACCACAAGUCAGUUUGCCUCUGGGUCUCCAUCCUACUAUCCAAGUGUCUCACCCUGCAGUCAGUCUGCUGCAGUCCAGAGUUCACAGAAACAGUUUGCCUCUAGUUAUGGCACCCAGUCAGGGUCCUCUAAGCUAUUGACCCUGCAGGGAAGCACCACUUAUGGUGAAUCACUCCAGCCUCAAGGUACAACGAGUCAGUUUGCCUCUAGCUAUGGCACCCAGUCAGGCUCCUCUAAGCUAUUGACUCUGCCGGGAAGCACCACUAAUAGUGAAUCACUCCAGCCUCAAGGUACCACAAGUCCGUUUGCCUCUGGGUCUCCAUCCUACUAUCCAAGUGCAUCACCCUCCUCCCCCCAAGGUGCCUCCAGUCAGUCCGCUGCAGUCCAAAGUUCACAGAAGCAGUUUGCAUCUACCUAUGGCACCCAGUCAGGGUCCUCUAAGCUAUUGACUCUGCAGGGAAGCACCACUUAUGGUGAAUCACUCCAACCUCAAAGUACCACAAGUCGGUUUGCCUCUGGGUCUCUGUCCUACUAUCCAAGUGCAUCACUCUCCUCCCCCCAAGGUGCCUCCAGUCUGUCUGCUGCAGUCCAGAGUUCACGGAAGCAGUUUACCUCUACCUUCACAGGCCACUCUGGCACACAGGAAGGGCCCUCUGAUCCCUUCAAAUGGCAGGGAAGCACCACCUAUGGUGGAUCACUCCAGCCUCAAGGUACCGCAAGUCAGUUUGCCUCUGGGUCUCCAUCCUACUAUCCAAGUGUAUCACCCUCCUCCCCCCAAGGUGCCGCCAGUCUGUCUGCUGCAGUCCAGAGUUCACAGAAACAGUUUGCCUCUAGCUAUGGCACCCAGUCAGGCUCCUCUAAGCUAUUGACCCUGCAGGGAAGCACCACUAAUAGUGAAUCACUCCAGCCUCAAGGUACCACAAGUCAGUUUGCCUCUGGGUCUCCAUCCUACCAUCCAAGUGUAUCACCCUCCUCCCCCCAAGGUGCCUCCAGUCAGUCUGCUGCAGUCCAGAGUUCACAGAAACAGUUUACCUCUACCUUCACAGGCAACUCUGGCACACAGGAAGGGCCCUCUGGUCCCUUCAAAUGGCAGGGAAGCACCACCUAUGGUGGAUCACUCCAGCCUCAAGGUACCAAAAGUCAGUUUGCCUCUGGGUCUCCAUCCUACCAUCCAAUUGUAUCACUCUCCUCACCCCAAGGUGCCUCCAGUCAGUCUGCUGCAGUCCAAAGUUCACAGAAGCAGUUUACCUCUACCUUCACAGGCAACUCUGGCACACAGGAAGGGCCCUCUGGUCCCAUCAAAUGGCAGGGAAGCACCACCUAUGGUGGAUCACUCCAGCCUCAAGGUACCACAAGUCAGUUUGCCUCUGGGUCUCUAUCCUACUAUCCAAGUGCAUCACUCUCCUCCCCCCAAGGUGCCUCCAGUCAGUCUGCUGCAGUCCAGAGUUCACAGAAGCAGUUUGCCUCUAGCUAUGGCACCCAGUCAGGCUCCUCUAAGCUAUUGACCCUGCCAGGAAGCACCACUUAUGGUGGGUCACUCCAGCCUCAAGAUACCACAAGUCAGUUUACAUCUGGGUCUCCAUCCUACCAUCCAAGUGUAUCGCCCUCUUCCCCCCAAGGUGCCUCCAGUCAGUCUGCUGCAGUCCAGAGUUCAAAGAAACAGUUUACCUCUACCUUCACAGGCAACUCUGGCACACAGGAAGGGCCCUCUGGUCCCUUCAAAUGGCAGGGAAGCACCACCUAUGGUGGAUCACUCCAGCCUCAAGGUACCACAAGUCAGUUUGCCUCUGGGUCUCUAUCCUACUAUCCAAGUGCAUCACUCUCCUCCCCCCAAGGUGCCUCCAGUCAGUCUGCUGCAGUCCAGAGUUCACGGAAGCAGUUUGCCUCUAGCUAUGGCACCCAGUCAGGGUCCUCUAAUCUAUUGACCCUGCAGGGAAGCACCACUUAUGGUGCGUCACUCCAGCCUCAAGGUACCACAAGUCAGUUUGCCUCUGGGUCUCCAUCCUACUAUCCAAGUGCAUCACUCUCCUCCCCCCAAGGUGCCUCCAGUCUGUCUGCUGCAGUCCAGAAUUCACAGAAGCAGUUUACCUCUACCUUCACAGGCAACUCUGGCACACAGGAAAGGCCCUCUGUUCCGUUCAAAUGGCAGGGGAGCACCACCUAUGGUGGAUCACUCCAGCCUCAAGAUCCCAAAAGUCAGUUUGCCUCUGGGUCUUCAUCCUCCUAUCCAAUUGAAACACCAUCCUCACCCCAAGGUUCCGACAGGCAGUCUGCUGCAGUCCAGAGUUCAUGGAAGCAGUUUGUCUCUAGCUAUGGCACCCAGUCAGGCUCCUCUAAGCUAUUGACCCUGCCAGGAAGCACCACUUAUGGUGGGUCACUCCAGCCUCAAGAUACCACAAGUCAGUUUACAUCUGGGUCUCCAUCCUACCAUCCAAGUGUAUCGCCCUCUUCCCCCCAGGGUGCCUCCAGUCAGUCUGCUGCAGUCCAGAGUUCAAAGAAACAGUUUACCUCUACCUUCACAGGCAACUCUGGCACACAGGAAGGGCCCUCUGGUCCCUUCAAAUGGCAGGGAAGCACCACCUAUGGUGGAUCACUCCAGCCUCAAGGUACCACAAGUCAGUUUGCCUCUGGGUCUCUAUCCUACUAUCCAAGUGCAUCACUCUCCUCCCCCCAAGGUGUCUCCAGUCAGUCUGCUGCAGUCCAGAGUUCACAGAAGCAGUUUGCCUCUAGCUAUGGCACCCAGUCAGGCUCCUCUAAGCUAUUGACCCUGCCGGGAAGCACCACUUAUGGUGCGUCACUCCAGCCACAAGGUACCACAAGUCAGUUUGCCUCUGGGUCUCCAUCCUACUAUCCAAGUGCAUCACUCUCCUCCCCCCAAGGUGCCUCCAGUCUGUCUGCUGCAGUCCAGAGUUCACAGAAGCAGUUUACCUCUACCUUCACAGGCAACUCUGGCACACAGGAAAGGCCCUCUGUUCCGUUCAAAUGGCAGGGAAGCACCACCUAUGGUGGAUCACUCCAGCCUCAAGAUCCCAAAAGUCAGUUUGCCUCUGGGUCUUCAUCCUCCUAUCCAAUUGAAACACCAUCCUCACCCCAAGGUUCCGACAGGCAGUCUGCUGCAGUCCAGAGUUCAUGGAAGCAGUUUGUCUCUAGCUAUGGCACCCAGUCAGGCUCCUCUAAGCCAUUGACCCCGCAGGGAAGCACCACUUAUGGACUAUCACUUCAGCCUCAAGAUACCUCAAGUCAGUAUGACUCUGGGGCUCCAUCCUCCUAUAAUUGUCAUUGUGUACCGGUUUCCUCGCCCCGAGGUAUUGCCGACCAGUCCAGCCAAUCAUUUCAAAGCUAUUCUGGGUCCCAAAGCCAGAAGUCUCAAAGAUGGCAGCCUUCACAAGGUAUUCUGACCUCAGGUGCAGCUGCAGCACAGGUUGGCUCUCCAAUGCAGAGUUUGUUUUCUUCCGCAUCAUCAGCAGGAGGCUUUUCUUCAGGAGAUGCUGGACUGUUUGUUUCUGCACAGGGUGGUAGCAGCAGAUAUGGUGGCCUUUCUCUUCAUUCUCAAAGCCCCUCUAGCAAGUACACCCCUGGGUCUCAUGCAUAUGCAAAGCUUGGUUCCUCUCCCCUAACUGUUUCUAGCCAGUCUACCAGUGACAAGCGGUCUAAUGGCCUGUAUAACUCAGACUCUCUGCGAACCCAGGGUCUCAUUGGUGUAGUUGAAAGACCCUCUAGACUCUCAUCUCAAGCUCCUUCCGACUCUACAGGCAGUAACCAAAUAUCUGACCAUUUUGUGACCAUGCAACGCCCCACAGGUUCAAACCUAACUCCAUUUCUAGGCUUGAGUGCCCAAGCAUCAGCUGUUGGCAUGUUCUCUGGUAUCCCACAGACUGCACAGGCUUUACGUGAAUCUGGGUCAGGUGUCCAGCUAUACAAUAAACCAUUCUUCAAUCGGCUGUACUCUGUAAAGGGCUAAGGGACUCUAUAAAACAGAAACCUUAUGCAAAGUGAUGUCUUCCAGAAUAUAAAAUCUAAUAAAUGUUUGCAAG